GUAGAAGUUCUGCUGACAUGGAUGCUCGACAAGAAGAACUAAAAUGUCCUGUUUGUGUAGAGCCUUUCACAGAUCCUGUCCGCCUUCCAUGUGGCCACAACUUCUGUCAAACCUGCAUCCAAGUGGUCUGGAACAUGGAUAACCCAGAAACAUCUAGAGAAGGGCCACUGUUCUGUCCGGAAUGUCAAAUCCUCUUUCCUCCUGACCUUGAGCUUCAGAUCAAGUCAAGUCUUCAAAGGAAAACUCAGGAUGUCUUUGCAGGAGCACCUCUGCUGAAAGAAUCAUCUCAAACGUCACCUUCAGUUAUCAUGUGUGACCAGUGCAUUGGGAAGACUGAGGUGGCUGUGAAGAGCUGCCUCACGUGCGAUGCCUCUCUGUGCUCGGCUCACACCCUCCUGCACCAGCAGAGAGAGGCUUUAAGAGGGCACUCUAUCAUCGAAGUAACUGAAGACUUGAUUUCCUUUAAGUGUAAGGAGCAUGGGGAGGGGCUGAAACUCUUCUGUCAGGAGGACCAGGUUGCUGUGUGCUGUCUGUGCGUUGCAGUUGGUUCACACAAAAAACAUCAAGCUGUUACGCUCCAAGAGGCAUGCUCAGAGUUCAAGAAGGUGUUGGAGACCAACAAAUCACUUCUUCUAUUAAGAAAGCAUUUAGCUAAGUCUGCUUUGCAAGAUUUGGAGCCAUUAUUUUCUGAGCUGUCGAAAAAUGCAGAAGCAUAUAGAGUCAGAAUAGUUGAGAAAUACAGCCAGAUAAAAGCCCACAUUGAGAAGGAUCAGAAGCUGAUGUUGGCCAUUCUGGAAACAGAAGAGAUUUACACCAGUAAGUGGCUGAGUUGGAGGAGUGAGUCACUAAAGUGUCAUGUUAAUGAUAUUAAUGCUGCACUGAGAUCAAGCCAAACUCUCCUCGAGGAAGAGAAUGAUGUCAGAUUUCUCCAGCAUUUCAAAAAACAUGGACUAGGUUCCCAGGGGGAUUUGCCAUUUGUGUCUGUGAUAGAGCAAGAGUACAGCGCACUUGACAAGAUGAAGACCGUUGAACAGCUGGUUGAUAACUUAGAAGACGUUGUCUUUCAGAGCACUCAGCGGCUGUGGUCUAGUCUCAGUGCAAUAAGUUUAGACCCAGAAACAGCACACCCUGAGUUGGAGGUGUCAGCAGACAGGCUGGAAGUACACUGGAGUAAGAAACCAACCCCAGAGAGGAAACAGAAAACAAACAUCAGCUCUCAGUACAGUGUCCGGGCCAAGGAGAGAUUCUCCAGCGGUUCCCAUUACUGGGAAGUGGCUGUGUGGAAGAAACCCUUCUGGCUGAUUGGUCUGUCAUAUGGGUCAGCUUCUGGAGAUCAGGAUUCAGAGCACUGCAACGGUGACUUUGACAAUGCAUUCUGCUACAUCUAUCAUGGUAAUGGAAAAUACCUCAUUUGUCAGGACUCAAAUGAAAAGCAACUGGCAGUAAGGAAAACUAUCCAAAAACUUGGAGUUUGUGUAGAUAUCCAGAAAGGGAAUGUGUCCUUCUAUGAUGGCGAUACGCUGGCUUUGCUUCACUCAUUCUGUGUUGACUUUUCCGGCCCAGUUUAUCCCAUCUUCAAUCCCUGUAUUGACAUACAUGGCCAAAAUAGUCAACCUCUUGCCAUUGUACAUCUAAGAAACACAAAUAUUCCUCAAAGCCCCUCAUAAAUUGCAUGAAUCCAUUAAUUUUCCAGUUACAGUGCUUAAAUAAUAGAUUAAUCAUUCUAUUGUGUGUGUCUGUUUUAUAUGAUUGAGUUUGGUGUAGUUAUCACAAGAAAUCUAGGAUUUAAUACUUUAAUUCUUGUGUGUAAUUUCUACCUCAAUGAAGAAAAUAAACCAUUGUGCUCUAGGUGUUUUAAAACUGAAAAGUGAGAAAGAGGUGCAAAUAGUUUGACAAAUUAACACAGAUUAAAUGUAAUAAACUUAU